AGAGAAGCCCUUGAGAGCAAGAAUAUAUAUAUAUAUAUAUAAAGAAAGGAGGCAAUAACUCAUAUCCACCGUCUCUUCCUGCUUCCUCAACUCACAUGCUCUCUCAUCUCUUGAGUACGUCAACACUCAAACUCAUGGAGUUCACACACUUGCCUAACCUAAUAACCUAACCUAAGCCCUUAGCUAGUACUAUUUCUAUUGUUGCCUGUAGUCCAGUUCAUACUUGAAGCACUUUGGAGCUACCUACCGAGCGAGUAGCUAAGCUGAUCGAGCUAUGAUGCGCAACCUGGCAAGCUCUGGUUCCAGUCGGGGCAUCGCGGCCAUUGUGGGCGUUGGACCGAAUCUAGGCCGGUCCAUCGCUCGGAAGUUCGCCCAUGAAGGCUACACGGUGGCCAUCCUUGCCCGUGAUCUUGACAGACUGUCGAAAUUUGCCGAUGAGAUUGCAAGGGAGGAGAAAUCUCAAGUGUUUGCCAUAAGAAUCGACUGCUCCGAGUCUCGGAGCGUGAGGGAGGCCUUUGAGGGUGUUCUUUCCCUUGGUUUUGUGGAGGUACUGGUCUACAAUGCUUACCAGCCGGUUUCUUGGAAACCCACAAAGUUCACCGACAUUCGGAUUGACUCCUUGGAGAAGUCCCUCGCCGUCUCUUCUGUCGGAGCCUUUCACUGUGCUCAACAGGUUCUUCCUGGUAUGGUUGAAAGGGGAAGGGGUACGAUUUUGUUCACCGGAUGCUCAGCUUCACUUAAAGGCAUUGCUGGCUACUCUGAACUAUGCUGUGGGAAAUUUGCACUGAGAGCUCUAUCACAAUGUUUGUCCAUGGAGUUCCAACCUUACGGUGUACACAUUGCGCAUGUUAUUGUUGACGGGGUCAUGGGACCGCCUAGGGGUGGCUCAUCAUCGAGUUCACAGAGAAUUGCCGGAGUAGGAGUCAGCGAUGGAUCAAUGGACCCAGACGCGGUGGCUCAAACCUAUUGGCACUUGCACAUUCAAGACCGGAGUGCUUGGACCCAAGAAAUCGACCUCCGUCCUUCAAUCCCUUCCAGAUUUUGCUAGUCCUUCAAUCAUUCAAAGUCUCCUUGAAUCCAUAAAAGGUCCCCGAAUGCUUAAGAUUGCGUAAUUCACAUAAUCAUUGGUUCAUUAUUAUCCCUUCCCCAAGUGCUUUCAUUGUAUCAUUGUUAAAGACAACUAUGGCCUAUAGCGUCAUUCCAGUGCUCGCCUCCAAUCCUCAUCAAUGCCACCCAUCUUGUCCCCAUUAGCUCAUAAAUGUAUGAAAUUUCUUGCAUACAUACAAAUAGUGUUAAUGUAUACAACGUUCCUUAUCACUGAUCACGUCAUCGACGAGUCAGUGAAGAGGAGCAAUAAGGAAAAAUGCACUUGGUUUUACACGUCACCUGUCAAGAGUUUAAGACUACCACGACUUUAUCCAGAGAGGACCCUCCAAGUAAUCAGUAGUUCAGUACAGUAUGAAGUUUGCUGGCUCCGGUCACAAUCAACCUCCUCAAGUGGUCAAGGCGUGGGGCUAGAAUUUCACGCAUCUUGUUUAUUUUACUGACUCUUAUGGAGGUGGUGGUGGUUGCACCAUGUACAAAAGUGUGAUUUGUUGUAAUGGUUAUGUUUAAGACAGUACGAUUCAAAAUACUUCAUAGUAUACAUUGUUAUUAA